AUGUUCUCGGCAACCGAGAGCGGCAUCGACAUGAUCGCCAUAAGUCAAGAAGUGCCCGAAAAUGAGACGAAGAACAACGAAGAGCCUGACGAAAAACCUACCCAAGACACGGCCGUUGUCAACGGGCCCAUUUACAUGGGAGAACCCGGCGAGGCUCUCCCGCUCCGCACCGACCCCGACUGGCACCCUACAGUUCAGCCAGUGAGACUGGUGUUUGUCUAUGGCAGCCCAUCACCAACAUGGGUUACCUUCAUUAGCCAGACCGACCUUGAGACAAUGUACCACACCACACCGAUCAUGGACAUCACCAUGGUUGCAGAAAUCCCGCCAUGGUUGUCGCACCGAUACUUGAUCACCAAGUAUGACGUUCGAGACAUCGAUUGCCGACCGCGGGAUGCCGAAGAAUACAGUCUAUGGCUAGGGCCGGACGCAUAUGAGUCAUAUAUCGUGGACCACGAGUUCUACUUACCGGAAUACACGUACGUGGACAACGCGAACGACAUCCGCAUCAACCAACGACGCCAUACGUUCGUCCACCCAACCGGAGGCCCAUACGAAGCGACCAUGGACAGUGACGACGAGCCCGAGGCCAACUUCGAAGUCGCUUCAUCCUACGAAGACAGAAACGACAGCGACGCCAACGACAUGGUAUAUUCGGUCGAAGCCAGCCACGCACGUACCAUCGAACACCGCAUUGUCGUCGACUCUGGCGCGUCCGCACACAUGACCGGCGCCAGUGAGCACUUGUUCGACACGAAACCAUGCAACCGCCAAGUCGUCGUGGCCAACGACAACGUCACCGUCGCUACUACCAUGGGGAAGCUCAACAUCAGCACACCCUCACACACAACACUCACCCUUACCGACGUGCUCUUGAUCAAGGGCAUGUCCACAACGCUCCUGUCCAUCCCGGCGUGCGGGCCAACUCCAAAGUCCGUGUGGAAUUCCAACAAGACGCGUGUACAAUUCUGCUCGGUUCCCAGUCCGUGGCGCGCGCUACAAUGA